AUGGUCGAGCGAACGACGCGCAUGCCAGCGAUUUGGCGCUGCUGGAAGCUUCGAAGGAAAGACCAGUGCAAUAGCAAAAUCUGGUUCAGAGAAUUCGCCCAGGUGAAAUCGCAACUCGGUCCCGCGCCGAAACCCAAAGAGCCAUACACUUCGAAUCCCACGCCGGAACCCGAGGAGCCACGCACUCCGAAAAAAUACAAACAGAGACCCAUUGAUUCUUUUUUAACCCCAACGACACCUGAAAAGCUCAACAGGUUGCCACAAGGGAAUAGGUCCCCCAGGGUGCAGAACCAUGGAGUAAUCACACCCCCCCACAGUAAACGGCGAGAAGUGAAGACACUCUCCGAACCGAUUACUCCUACGAAGAAGAGAAAGACGGAAGCCCCGAUGGUCGAUACCAGUUCUAGCAACGUGUUUAACCUCGUUGGCAUGAUCGACGAAUCUACAAAUGCAGAGGUCAAGGCAACUUUUUGUCUGUACAAGGGGUUGCAGAUCGGCACAUUUCUAUCCCCCAAGGCAGCGCAUAUCACCUCAUCAUUAAAAAGGCUCAAGACAUCUCCAGAGACGCCUGAAGAAAAUCGGUAA